AUGGACUUUGAACAGUUUAUGAGCUAUCAAAAGAAGUCCGAGAGCGAAAAUGGAAGCUCCAGCCCAAAUGAGCAGCCCAGUUUUCACAAUAGAGGCUCAUCUCCCACAAGCGCUAGGUUUUUUGGCAAGAAUGCCCCACUCCGGUUGGAUACAGGGAUAAGGAUGCCGACAAAUGUACCCGAUGACUCUCUGGAUGCUGCAGAAAAGAUGUUUCUGUCGCCCCUCAGUGACGAAGCGCCGGACAUUUUCUCCGUAGGGUCCCAUUUAACAACACCGAAAAUUACCAUUGAGCCUACGGUUGAAGUGGCCGGGAACUAUAACCAGAAUGAAGGAAUGCUGCCGUCAAGAGAGACGGAAGGAGCUGGCCCUGGUGUUUUUAUGCAGUUCCUUACAUCUCAGCAGCAGGAACCAUAUGCCGAACAAACAACUUACGUUCCGCCGCCAAAUCGCGAAAAUACACGUUCAAGACUACUGCCCAAUUUCAAUGAGGACUCCAUUUCGGAAAGGUCACCUUCAGUACACUCAGUCUACUCUGCUGCUUCUUUCAAUGAUAACGGGCCGGGGACAUGGCAGCUGCAAGACAUGGCCCUUUCACCGGCCCCGUCCCGUCUUACCACAGGAGACGACGAGCUGGACGAGAUUCUGAGUAUAAACUCCACUAACGAACCUUUUUACGACGCUGAAUACGGGCCUUCUAAUAUCGCUGUACCAAACUCUGACAAUUUCUUAGACCCGGUUGGCAACGUUUUCGAAGGAGACGGUAGCGUAUACUUCGGUCAGUCAGAUCCGCUUCAACGUAGUCCGAAUGUUCCAGCUAGAGAUUUCCUGAAGCCGCAGAUAUCAAUCGAGGAGUUCAAAGCACUUUCUCCCGCAGAAACCGUUAGACAUAGGCAAUUCAGCAACGCAUCUUCUCCUAUGUCCUUUCACACCGCUCGGCAGAAUACUGACUUUCUUUCAGUCCAAGCUGACGAUCCUGCUUUAACCAGUGAAGAUGAAAGAAGCAUACAUGACAUGAUGCGCCAAGGACGUAAGAUCCGACGCAGGUCUACCCAAUUAUCACGUCGACUAAGCGCCUCAAGCAGAAGUCUUUCUGCCGAUGAGAAAGCUCGCUCUUUGAGUGAAGAUCGCGAAAAGCUCAUGGCACUGGCUGCUCUCAAACCUUAUAAAUCUCACAAUGAUCACUUUGGAACCUACGCCGACAGUGAAGGAGUGGACAGUGAGAAAUCGCCCUCCUCUGACACAUUGAAUCUGGUGCGCAGAAAAAGCUCACAAAAAAAUCCAGCUGUGUAUGCCUGCCACGUUUGUGAUAAGAAAUUUACCAGACCUUACAACUUGAAAUCGCACUUAAAGACUCACACCGAUGAGAGGCCAUUCGUAUGCAGUAUAUGUGGUAAGGCUUUUGCAAGGCAACACGAUCGCAAACGCCACGAAGACCUUCAUUCGGGUAAGAAGAGGUACAUAUGCCAGGGAAAUCUGAAGGACGGAAGUCAAUGGGGCUGUGGAAAGAAGUUUGCCAGGAGCGAUGCCCUAGGUCGACAUUUCAAGACGGAGGGCGGAAAAAGAUGCAUCGCUCCGCUUUACGAGGAAGUUUCUAGAGAGCGCGCAGCGGGUCGUGAAACCGACCUGGACCUUCCGGUAGACUUUUGA